CUUUCUCUCCUCCACCCACGCCCUCCGUAUCCUCCUUGUCUUCUGUCUGGCCCCCUCCUGCCGUUGGCCCCCUCCUGCCGUUGGCCCCCUCCUAUCCACUCUGUCACACGACCAUGUAUAGCGCCCGUCGCUCACACGAUCCCGAGGAUCCCCUCGCGGCCGCGAUAGCCCCGCCGCCUGGCGAAAGCCCAGAGGAGAAGGCAGCGCGACUGAGGCGCGAGGAAGAGGCGAAGCGCAUCAACGACGAGAUCGACGAGGGUCUUAAGCAGGACCGCGCAGCGUGGAAGAAGCACAAGAGCAUGUUCAAACUCCUUCUCCUCGGACAGAGUGAAUCCGGCAAAUCCACAACACUAAAGAAUUUCCAGCUCGCAUUUGCCCCUAAAGCAUGGAAAGCGGAACGUGCUUCAUGGCGCGCAGUCAUUCAACUCAACCUCGUCCGCUCGAUCAACAACAUCCUCGAUGUUCUCUCAGCGGAGAUGUCCAAAUCAUCCAAUCCCACCUCCCCGGCCACCUCCCCCGCUCUCCGCCCCAUCACCACUGAAUCUUCCGGGGCGGGGGGCAAUGCCUCCCCCUCCCAUACUCAAUUCAGCCACACGCAUGCGCUUCUGAAGCUCCGUCUCGCCCCACUACGUCGCGUCGAAGCCGACUUGAAACAACUGAUCGGGGCAGCGACAGACGAAAUCGGCGAGGAAAGUGCCUCUACCCCCCCGUUUUCCUCCGCAGGCGCAGGCGCCUCGGACGACUUGAACGCCGCUGCGCCGUUCGCUGAGGGCACGACGCGUCGGCGCCAUGCAGAGUUCUACGUCCGCUCGAACGAUACUUGGCGAGAGACCGUGCGGUCAGCGUACCACAAGCUCUCGGGGAACGAGGAGGCCGUGAGGGGGACCGUCGUGACGGACGGGUCCAAGCUGGAGGACGCGACCGAGAUUAUCGCGAGUUGCGCGGACGACAUGAAGGCGCUCUGGGAGGAUCAAGUCGUAAGGGACUUGCUGAAACGAAAGAGGAUCCGCAUGGAGCUCUCGCCGGGAUUCUUCCUCAACGACAUAGACCGUAUCACGCAACGCGACUACGAACCUUCGGACAACGACGUCGUGCGUUCGCGACUGCGCACAGUCGGCGUCCAAGAGUAUAAGCUCGUGAUGGAGAAGUAUGAACGUUCAGCUCCCACUACUGAGGUCGCUCGAGAGUGGAUGAUCUAUGAUGUCGGCGGUUCGAGGACAUCGCGUGCUGCAUGGUACCCGUACUUUGACGACGCCAACGCCAUUCUAUUCCUCGCCCCUAUAUCUUGCUUCGACGAGCUGCUCGCGGAAGACCGCCGGGUCAACCGCCUGGAAGAUUCGUUCCUGCUCUGGAAGGGCGUCAUUCAGUCGAAGCUUCUUGCGAAGUGCAUCAUCAUCUUAUUCCUGAACAAGUACGACUUGCUGGAGAAGAAGCUCGCGGCCGGUGUGAAGAUCAACAAGUACCUGCCCAGCUUCGCUGAGCGCGAGAACUCUGCGACGGUGCUCGCUCACUAUCUGCAUCAGAAGUUCCGUGAGCAACACCGCGAGUACACACCGGACCCGACGAGGCCGUUUUACGGUUAUGUCACCACUGCUAUCGAUACGAAAGCGACGGCAUCGACACUGGCUUCCGUGCGCGACGGUAUACUUCGGCACAACCUCCAACGGGCUGACUUCGUGUGAGGCGCUGUUCGUGGAUCUGGAUGAACAUAUGUAUGGGAUUUCCGGUGUAUCUAUAGCGGGUUUUCUCUUAUUCUCGAGGCUCAGCUACCUUAUUGCUUAUGUAGUAGCGUCCUUGCGGGACGUAGGAUAUGUCCUCGUCUAGUCUACUGUAGAGGGCACCGAGCCUUCGCACGGACCUAGUGAUGGUUGAGACUGAGUAUAGACAUCGAUUUUCU